AUGCGCACCGCGCAAGUCGCGCCGCAGAGCUCUCUAGCGCCUGGCGCCCUGGCGUUCGUGGGGGUGGUCGAAACCGCUGUCGAUGCAUUGCGCCUCGUAGCAGCCGCCAGGGCGGGCCUCAUCCCUCGGAUCGUCCGACGCCUGAGCGACGCCGAACGCAGGUCGAUGAUCAAGUCUGGCGCCGUCUUCGUCUUUAGUGUGGAAGAGAGUGGGGUGAGGCGGUGGACGGAUGGGCGAACAUGGUCACCCUCGCGCAUUGUGGGAAACUUUCUUGUGUAUCGAGAGUAUGAACCGACCGGGCGUAAUGUGGAUAGUGGAGAGGUCUCGGCGCCACAGACAUCCCAACCGGUGAGGGCGAGCUGGUCGGAAAGGAAGGGCCACUGUGCCGAGAGACCAAAUGGACUGUGCAAGAAGACCAUCACCGUCGUAGCUGACGGGACGGAUCACCAUGUUGUAUCUUACUACAUCGAGGAUGACGUCCUAUCCGGUCGGCUGCAGAGACCUGCGAGUAGAGCGGAUCUAGCCAAUGUCACCGUCUCGCCUUCGAUGGUCCGGGCGACCAACUUUCGCUAUCCACCUCAUAUUGAGAUCGGGCUGGACGGUCAACAAUACGUUCGUGAAAGUGCUCGCGACGAGGACGAGGUGCUGGAACAUGGGUCUCCUGGGAACUCUGUUCCUAGUACUCGACGAGGCUCCCUAACUAGGCUAUCAAAUGAUCGAGUGGCCGGUGGUACGACAGUGUCGCCGACGUCGUCGCUUCACAGGGUCGAUGCCGCACCUUACGCACUGCAUCGCUGGACACUAUCGUUGACGAACAACGUUGAACCGUUGAAUCCCUCUCCCGCCACCCCGACGACGAACAGAGCGUCGUAUAUAGACAACCAGAUCAACAACAACAACAACAACAACAACAACAACACUCUCGCAACCUCCUCCCCUUCCUCCCACGACAGAUAUUAUCCGACCAUUAACGAUCAUCACGAUCCAUACCCCGUCAGCUCUGGGUGGGACGCAGCCCAAAUAUCCUCCUGGACUCAAUACACUUCUCGUUAA